CAUCAGAAUAUUCAAUAGUUUUAAGUGUCAAUCCAAACAAUCAAUAAUUUAGGCUUCUACAUUUGAUUCUAUAAAGUCGAUUAAGUUUCGGACUACACGUUCAACAUGAGUGGAAUUAUAAUCAGAAGAAAAAGUUUCCCAACAUACUCCUCUGUGAAAUGCGAGUUUUCACCAAGUUCCACCAAGUAUCUGGGUAUAGAUACUGUGAAGAAGCACAAGUUUCCGUACCCGCUUCCCCAAAUUGCUAUUAAGAAAACGAAGGAUGGACAAAUUGUGGAUGGACUUCAGAUCGCCCUUUUCAAUGGAUCCUGGGAUACUUCAGAGGGAAUACCCAGCAUUGUUGCUGAAAUGCACGGAGCACCAAAUUGGACUCUGGAGGGUGAAAAGGGAAAAAAUGAAGAAAGUAGCACUGACGGGGAUCAUGGCAGCGACAGCUUUUCUUGGCUGUUGAACUAUAAAUUCACAAAUCUAAUACCAACGCCUGGUAUAAAACAAUGAUGUUCCAAAGAAUUGUUGUAGUGUCUUUUCAGUUAUAAGAAUUACCAUUAUAUGCAUUAAGUUCGAAUUCGCUGUAAAUACUACUGAUAUUAAAUUUAUAUUGGGUAAA